CCCCUCGCCUCCAGAAUUGCCUCCAGAAUCGCUCUUCCGUUCGCUAGGGCUCGGUCGUCGCCGCCGUCUGGCGUCGCCAUCGCCGCCCGCCGUCAUCUGCUACUUGCCUGUCUCCAAACGAAACAAUGUGUCCAGGUUCACCUGGUCCCGAUCCAUUGGACAGCUUCUUUGUCAGGUUUCACUAUUAUGGAACAUUUUAGCAAGUGCAUGGAAAGCUGGAUUACAUUGGGGAAUUGGUGGUAGAAUUGCCCAUCCCAAGGGAUUAUUUGUCCUAUUCAGAAUUACGUAACUAUGCAGAAGAUAUGUAUCAGGUGGAAAGAGGUCACGGCAAAGGUACUUACACCUACAAAUUGCAUUGGUUACCUCCAGGAAAAAACCUCAAUGAUGGUCUGAUGUUCAUAUGUGAUGAUGAGUCAGUGAAGAGGAUGGACAUUGAAAUAAUAGAUGGCUAUGCUGAUGUUUUUGUUGAAGAAUUGGACAUGCCAAUUCAGCAAAACUUUGACAGUGAUAAAGAAAUGCACCAAGAACAAACCAUGUUAUCCGCUAGUGAUGAGCAAUUUGACAUAUGUGCAGGUGAUGAACAGAUUGACAUAUGUGCAGGUCUGUUGUCAGUAAAUGUAGGAGAAACUUACUCUAGGCACAGAGGGACAAAACUACCACUUAUUAGUGUGCAAGUUGUUGACACUGCAGUGGUUGAUGAGAUGUUCCUUCAAAAGGUGGAAGGUGCCGCUGGAAGUGCUCAAGUUAGUGCAUCAUCUGCUCAUGAAACACAAAGAGAAGUUUCUAGAAGUGCUACUGAGUUGGAGGCACACUUUACUGCAGAUGAAGUUGCUAGACCUGUUAAUUUGCAAGUCAGAAGAAGGGCAGUGGCACAUGAGAUUGCAACUGAACAUGUUCCAGGAACAGAAGCACCUCCUGUUGCUACACCAGUUAGUGUCGAUCAUGAGAUUGCAACUGAACAUGUUCCAGCAAUAGAAGCACCUCCUGUUGACAAAUCUGAUGAAGAGGACACUGAAUAUGAACCAAUACCUGAUUGUAGUUCUGGAGAAGAUUCAGAGGCAGAGGAACUGAGAAAACUUGCAAGAGAGAUUAGGAGGAAUGAGAGAGCUAAGAAGCUUGGACAGAGAAGUGGAAUUAUAAUGCAAGACAAUAAAGUGCAAUGUCAAUCUGAUGAGGAUUUGGAUGCUGGUUUCGAAACUCCAUAUUUUGACUCUGACGAGGAUGAUUUCUCUUAUGAUGAAGAAAGUGAUGGAGAAGGAGGUACCACUAUGGUAAGAAGGAAGAGCAAGUGGCCUAGGUUUGAUAGCAAAGCUGAAAAACCCAACUUUCAACUUGGCAUGGUUUUCCGAAGCAGAGAGCACAUGAAGAAAGCAGUGAUUUCCUAUGGAAUUAAAACUCACAGGCAUUUGUUGUUCAGCAAAGAUGAACAUGACAAAGUUAGAGCAUACUGUUCUUGGCCUGGAUGUAAGUGGGUCAUUUAUGCAUCAAGGACCACUAGACACAAAUGGUUGCAAGUAUCAACAUUUGUAGAUGAGCAUCAUUGUAUUCCAAGAAGAGACAACAAAUUAGUGACAUCUGUAGUUAUUGCUAAGAGGUAUGCAACACUGAUAAAAGCAAAUCCAACAUGGAAAUUGGAAAACUUGAAGCAAACUGUUUUGAAGGACAUGUUUGCAGAUGUCACUAUUGCACAAUGCAAAAGGGCCAAAAAAUUGGUGAUGGAGAAAUACAAAGAUACCACCAAAGGAGAAUAUUCCUUGGUUUUUGACUACCAAUUGGAAUUGCUGAGAACUAACCCAGGUAGCACUGUUGCUAUCAAACUGGCAGAUGAUGUGAAAGAUGGUGAGCAUGUUUUUGAGAGGUUUUACAUGUGCUUUGGUGCUAUUAAAAAAGGAUUUCUAGCUGGCUGUAGAAAGGUUAUAGGACUUGAUGGAUGUUUCUUCAAAGGAGCUUGCUUUGGUCAGCUACUUGUUGCUUUGGGAAGAGAUGCCAACAAUCAGAUGUACCCUGUAGCUUGGGCUGUCGUCGAAAAAGAAACAUAUGAGUCUUGGUUCUGGUUUGUUGAGAAGUUAAACAGAGACCUCAAAAUCAGCAAUCAAGGGGAUGGGUGGGUGUUCAUCUCAGAUCAGCAAAAAGGACUAAUAGGGGCUAUAGAGGAUAUUCUUCCAAAAGCAGAACAUAGGAUGUGUGCAAGGCACAUUUACUCAAACUGGAAGAAAAAACAUAAUGACAAAGAUUUGCAAAAGAGAUUCUGGAGAUGUGCAAAGGCUCCUAACAGGGCUCUGUUCAACUAUAACAGAGUAAGGUUGGCUCAAUUCACGGUUGAAGGAGCAAAGGACAUGAUGAACACAGAUCCAGUUCACUGGAGUAGGGCUUACAUGAAAUUGGGAAGCUACUGUGAUUCAGUUGACAAUAACAUGUGUGAGUCAUUCAACAAUUGGAUCAUGGAAUCAAGAUAUCUACCUAUUCUUUCUAUGCUGGAGUGGAUAAGAUGCAAAAUUAUGGUGAGGAUACAAGAGUGCAUUACCAAGUGUUUGAAAUGGUCAGGAAUCAUAUGUCCUAACAUAUUUAAAAAACUAAAGCAGAAUAUAACAAAGUUCACAACCAAGCUCAUUGCAUGUGUCACAACAAAGAUCAUUGGUUCAGAGAAGUGCUCCAGCCAGCAAGCCUAGAUCAGCAAAGGUUCAGAGAAGUGCUGCUACUCCAUUUGUUCCACCUAAACAAGUUACAAACUUGCCACAACAUUGUGUCUUCAAUCUAGCUGCAUACAAGGAGGCUAAAAAAGGCAGAGCAGGGCCUCCAGUUUGAUGUUGAACAAGUCUUUUUUGUAUCAGGAGUCAUGUCAUGUAAUAUAUAUGUUUAAGGAGUCUUUUUUGUUUCAGGAGUAGGGCCUCUAGUUGCAGUCAUGUAAUAUCUGUACUGCCAACCAACUAUAUAUCAGGAUUUUCACAUACUAUUUUGUUCUGGAUUGAACACCAACUAUAUAUCAGAAUUGUCACAUACAUAGAU